AUGAACUUCUCCAGGUCCAUCGGUCAUCUCAUCAAGCGAACCCAAGGGCUGCCAGGCCAUCCAACUCUGACACGUAACGGCUAUAGUCGAAUCGACUGUCGUCCGUUCCAUUCGAUCAGCACAAGCGCCGGCCCAAGAGCGCCAAUACGAACGCUGGAAGAAAGCAUAUCAUUAGUUACGAAAAGAAACAUGUCGAGCGGAGCUGAUGACCAACCGAUCAGUUUUCCAGUCACGCCCUAUCCCAAAUCGCACCCGGAGCGGAAAAUCCGGACGGCAGCCUGCGUGAUCAUUGGGGACGAGAUCUUGAGCGGGAAGACGCUAGACACAAAUUCAAAUCAUUUUGCGGCGCUGUCCUUCAAGCUGGGCGUCCAUCUAAAGAGAAUCGAGGUCGUGCCGGACGAGGAAGACGUCAUCAUCAGUUGCAUCAGACGGCUAUGUGAACCCGAAGAUCAGUUCGAUAUGAUUAUUACCAGCGGUGGCAUCGGUCCUACUCAUGAUGAUAUUACAUAUCAAUCACUAGCCAAAGUGUUCGAUCCGAAGGGAGAGUUGGAAUACGAUCAAGAGACGAUAAGACGGAUGGAUGAAUACAACAGUCGAAGAGCGAGCACGGUGACUAAGACCGAAGAGCAAAGAAUUGCUCGUCAUCGAAUGGCCCUGUUUCCAAAAAACUACUCCAAAGUCUUGUUCGUCGAGCCCCAUCUUUGGGUCCCUGUCGUCUGUCUAAGGGAGAAAAUAUACAUCUUUCCCGGUGUUCCAAGUCUAUUCCAACAGCUCGUGCAGGCUCUGAUGUGCCAUUACAUCUCUCUUCCUCCGGAAACUGAUAAACCGCAUCGAGUGAUGGUCCAGACGAGACUGCCUGAAUCAAUCAUCGCGCCCCUCUUGACCCGGUUCUCGAACCAAUUCAAGGAAGAAAAACUUGAUAUCAAGCUCGGAUCCUACCCAAACCUAAUCACCGGAAUCGUCAGCAUCUCUUUGAUCGGGAUCGACCUCGAGAGACUCAACUCGUUUGCUCAGCUUAUUCAACUUGAAUUUGACAAGCUUUCUCAUCAAUCCAAUCUCAGUAGUAAUAACGAUAACAAGUUGUAG